AUGGGUUGCAAAUUUGAAUAUCCCGAUACCGGUAUCGACAUUACGCAAGCAUCAGUCGCGUUCUUGAUUUCGUGUAGUGGAGCAGGAUCUUCUCUUUUGGUGCACAAAUAUAGUACUCGUGUGGUUAAGACUAAGUACGGUGCAUUACGGGGAGUCAUGAUUCUUAUACACCCACCAGUGGAGGCGUUUCUGGGAGUUCCAUAUGCAACACCUCCAGUUGGGAGCCUGAGAUAUAUGCCGCCAGUUACGCCUUCCACGUGGAAAACUACUAAGUUGGCUGAUAGAUUUGGUGCUGUGUGCCCUCAAAGACCUCCAGAUAUCGGCAACCGCUCUGAAGCACUUCUAGAAUUUCCGCGCGGGCGGCUACUUUAUCUCGAGAAACUGCUUCCACUUCUGGCAAAUCAGAGCGAAGAUUGUUUGUAUCUCAACAUCUACGUACCACGAGCAGAAGAUGACAGCUCUAAAGAUCUGUACGAAUAUCCAGUAAAUACCGAAGUGAGCAUAGAUCACCAAUAG